GCGGGGCCCGGCGGCCCGCCAUGAUCGAGCAGCAGAAGCGGAAGGUCCCGGGCCCCGGGCCUGGCCCCGGCCCCGCUCCCGGACCGCCCCCGGCACCCCCUGCCCCCGGCGCCGCCCCCGCGCCCGGCCCCGACCUCCCGCUGGUCCCCGUGCCCGCCAAGCGGCCCCGCCAUGACCUGCCGGGGGCGCCGGGCACGGGCGGCGCAGGGGGGCAGCCCCCGGCCGGGGCUCUGCUGCAGUCGGGCCCCCCGCGCUGCUCCUCGCUGCAGGCCCCCAUCAUGCUGCUGUCAGGACACGAGGGGGAGGUUUAUUGCUGCAAAUUCCAUCCCAACGGCAACACCCUGGCCUCRGCUGGCUUCGACAGGCUCAUCCUGCUGUGGAACGUCUAUGGGGACUGUGACAACUUCGCCACGCUGAAGGGACACAGCGGGGCYGUCAUGGAGCUGCACUACAACACUGAUGGCAGCAUGCUCUUCUCAGCAUCCACCGACAAAACCGUGGCUGUGUGGGACAGYGAGACCGGCGAGAGGGUCAAGAGGCUCAAGGGCCACACGUCCUUUGUGAAUUCCUGCUACCCRGCCCGCAGGGGACCCCAGCUCGUCUGCACCGGCAGCGACGACGGCACCGUCAAGCUGUGGGAUAUCAGGAAGAAAGCYGCUGUCCAGACCUUCCAGAACACCUAUCAAGUGCUGGCUGUCACCUUCAACGACACCAGUGACCAGAUCAUCUCUGGGGGCAUCGACAAUGAUAUUAAGGUAUGGGACCUGCGGCAGAACAAGCUCACCUACAGCAUGCGGGGCCACGCCGACUCGGUGACCGGCCUGAGCCUCAGCUCCGAGGGCUCCUACCUGCUCUCCAACGCCAUGGACAACACAGUUCGGAUCUGGGAUGUGAGGCCCUUCGCCCCCAAGGAGAGGUGUGUGAAGAUUUUCCAGGGGAAYGUCCAUAAUUUUGAAAAGAACCUGCUGAGGUGCUCCUGGUCCCCAGAUGGCAGUAAAAUCGCAGGGGGGUCAGCUGACAGGUUUGUGUAYGUGUGGGACACCACGUCCAGGAGGAUCCUAUACAAGCUGCCGGGCCACGCGGGCUCAGUCAACGAGCUGGCAUUCCACCCCGAGGAACCCAUCAUUCUCUCGGCAUCCAGUGACAAAAGGCUCUACAUGGGGGAGAUCCAGUGAUGCCCACGGGACCCUGGCAUUGCAGGAGCCGCAUGGAACUGUCCCCAAGGGAGAGUGACAGUUCCACCCCGGUGA